AUGCCGGUAAGCAGCGGGUUCUCACCUUGGCGGGGGCGCGGCGACGCUCUCAAAGCCGCUCUUCAGGAUCGCGAUGCGAUGCACGCCUACAACUCCAUCUUCAACAACGACCCGUCGGUCGCGCAGGGUCGGCUCGUGGGCAACUUUCCCCUGCUGCCCCUGCGGACCAAGGCCCGCGGACCCGCGUACACGCUCCCCUUCCCAAACCCGCCGCUGCCGGCCAACGAGUCGCCGGACCCGGACAGCGAGAGCUACGACAUCCUGGACGAGGUGAUUGCCCUGUUCCGGGCCAACACGUUCUUCCGCAACUUUGAGAUCCAGGGCCCCGCAGACCGGCUGCUGGUGUACGGCAUCUGGUUCGUCAGCGACUGCCUCUCCAAGAUCAAGCCGACGGCCAGUGUGCGCGAUGCGACCAAGGACGUGACCAACCUGGCGCUGGACACCAACUUUGCGAUCCCGGGCGACCCGGGAUUCCCGCUGAACCAGAUGUACGAGCCACCACGAGACCGGCAGGACUCGGAGCUGCUGCGGCAGUACAUGGCGCAGGUGCGGCAGGAGCUGGCGCAGCGGCUGCUGGCGCGGGUGUACGAGGAGGGCGGUGACGGCAAGCCGAGCAAGUGGUGGCUGAGCUUUACAAAGCGGAAGUUUAUGGGCAAGGGUCUGUAA